CGAGUUUAGCCGAAGCUGUGUCGUACGUAAGCAAAAACCGUCCGCUAUGAGACCCGCAGGAAGAGCUCAACGAUCAAGAUAGUAUAUCAACAAAAUAACUCAAAAGGGUUAUAAUGUCUUAAUAUAUUUUUAAUCGGCUCAUGUCAGUGUCAACUGAGCUUUCUGUAAGAUGUCUAUGGUCCUGUUUGCCUCAGUGGUGAGAGUGAGGGACGGUUUGCCUCUCUCAGCCUCCACAGACUAUGAACUGGAUAAAGGAAUUCAGGAGACAAAGAAACAUCUCAAGGUCCUGUCCAAAAAACUCAGCCAGUUUCCUGAUCGCUGCUCACUCAGAUCUGGACUAUACAAUAUCAACUUCACAAGCUCUCUCGGAGUUGGGUACUUGAUGGUUUGCACAGAGAACUAUCCCAAUGUCCUGGCCUUCAGCUUCUUAGAUGAGCUUCAGAGAGAGUUCAUAGUCACGUAUGACACCAAGCGGAUCAACAGUGCUUUGAGGCCUUUCUCUUUCAUUGAGUUUGAUAACUUCAUUCGGAAAACCAAGCUGCGUUACAACAGCCCACGUUCGCUCUCUACCAAGAUUAAUCUGGCCGACAUGCAGACCGAGAUCAAGCUCCGGCCUCCUUAUCAGCUCUCGGCGGAGGACAUUGGAUCAAUCAACGGCUUCUCACAACACAAGGAGUCUAAAUAUAAAGGCAUAGCUCCUAAUCAAAUGUUGGAGGCUGUCACCCUGUCGGGUAUUGUCGCCUGUGUCCUAAGCAUCCUGUGUGGCGCUCUUAAUUUACUGCGGGGAGUCCAUGCGAUUGAAAGCGUAUUGCAGAACGACGAUGAAGACUUUAAUUACGUAAUUGCUUUUUUCCUUGGAACCGCAGCGUGUUUGUAUCAGUGUUACUUAUUCGCCUACUUCUCAGUCUGGAGAAACAUCAAGUCAUUCCUGGCCUUCGCUCUGAUCUGCCUGUGUAAUAUGUAUCUGUAUGAACUCCGUAACCUGUGGCAGAUCCUCUUUCACGUGACAGUGGGAGCGUUCAUCACUCUGCAGAUCCACCUGAGACGACCGCAGGGCAAAGCACCUGACUAUAAUGUUUGACCCCCUUGAACUCUUCAAGACUGUGUAAUAUAGCCCAACAUGGCAACUAUGAAUCUCUUCCUGGCCCGUUUGAGGACAUGCAGUAUGGAUUUUAAAAGGUUUACAAACGGUUUUGAAAAAUGUCCUGCUGUUUCACAUUUAGCUACUGUUCUGGUUAAAGCAGAAGGUUCAUGAAGUUGAUUUCAUAAAAGCAUUCAUUCAUUCAUGCAUACAUAUUUUUUAUUAUUAUUGUUAGAUGAUUCUGAUGUGCACAAUACAUUUUCCAAUAAGGAGUUUUAUUAUUGAUAUCAUAUUUAAAGAGGCAGCUCAUCUAAAAAUGAAAAUAUUGUGUUCUUGAAUAAAGUUUAUGUGGCUUUUUUCCAUAAAAUGAGUGAUGACCAUGGUCAGUCAAAGAUAAUUAUUAAAUAAAUAAAUAAAUAAAUAAAGUAUGCAAUUUUUUUCCAUACAUUGAUACACAUUUUGCAGUAGGUGUAAAAUGUUCUUGUAUAAAAAUCCAAAAUCAAACAAAAA